AUGAGCAGCUGCAGCAGGCUCUCCAGAAAUCGCUUUGGCUCCACAAGGACCAAAAGUGUUUUUUCUAGCAUGUUUGCAUCUAGUGCUUAUGGACUGGGCCGCUAUUUCACCUUCGCUGAAAUUCAGAAAGCCACAAAAAACUUUGAAGAAAAGGAUGUCAUUGGUGUCGGUGGCUUUGGGAAGGUUUAUCUUGGUGUUCUUGAGGAUGGUACAAAACUAGCUAUCAAGAGAGGCAAUCCAUCUUCUGAUCAAGGUAUGAACGAAUUCCUGACUGAAAUCCAAAUGUUGUCAAAGCUUCGUCACCGCCACCUGGUUUCACUCAUUGGUUGCUGUGAUGAGAAUAAUGAGAUGAUCCUGGUUUAUGAGUUCAUGUCAAACGGUCCACUCAGGGAUCAUCUAUAUGGUGGUACAAACCUGAAGCCUCUAUCUUGGAAGCAACGCUUAGAAAUUAGCAUUGGGGCAGCAAAAGGCCUGCAUUAUCUUCAUACAGGUGCAGCUCAGGGUAUAAUUCACCGCGAUGUCAAGACUACCAAUAUUCUCCUUGAUGAAAAUUUUGUGGCCAAGGUUGCUGAUUUUGGCCUAUCAAAAGCUGCUCCAUCCCUUGAGCAAACCCAUGUCAGCACUGCUGUCAAAGGAAGUUUUGGCUACCUUGAUCCAGAGUACUUCAGACGUCAACAACUAACAGAGAAAUCAGAUGUAUACUCGUUCGGGGUGGUACUCUUUGAGGUACUGUGUGCAAGGCCAGCCAUCAAUCCAGCACUUCCAAGAGACCAGGUGAACCUCGCAGAAUGGGCCCUUACAUGGUACCACAAGGGAGAGCUCAACAAAAUAAUUGAUCCUCACAUUGCAGGUCAAAUCAGGCCUGAUUCACUUGAGAUGUUUGCUGAGGCUGCUGAAAAAUGUCUUGCUGACUAUGGAGUCGACCGUCCAUCAAUGGGAGAUGUUUUGUGGAAACUUGAAUUUGCCUUGCAACUUCAAGAAAAGGGUGAUGUUGUUGAUGGAACCAGCAAUGGGAUACCAAUGAAGCACUUCAACGACUCAGUGUAUGAAUGA